AUGGCAAGUAUAGUGAAUUAUUUCAGCCUAACCUAUCCACUGAAGCGCGAGCAGUUUCAACGUUUUUGUGCAGACAACUUUGCCAGUUUGGCUUACCUCAAGCAAGCCACGUUAUCAGAUUGGACAGAAGAACCAGAAAAUAUCAGGCGAUUGCAGGACCACGCACUGAAGAAUUUUACGCGAAAAUUGAAUGAUUUAUGGAAAAUACUGGCUCGAGAGUUUGUUGAACAAGUGCAACAGACGCCGGACCGAUUUCCAGUUUUGCCUGUGCCAAAUGCUUUUAUUGUUCCCGGUGGCUCUUUCCAGAUAUAUUUCUACUGGGACUCAUACUGGAUUAACAAAGGAUUAUUGUUUUCAAACAUGAAUAUAAGUGUGCGUCAUAUUCUGGAAAACCUGGCCAGUGUCGUCCAGUACCAUGGCUUCAUUCCUAACUCAGGCAGCGUGCAAUUGUCAAGAAGAAGUGAUCCUCCGCUUUUUAUUCAAAUGGUAGCAGACUAUUAUGAAGCAACUGGAAACAAGACAUUUCUGGAUCAAAUGGUACAGUGGAUGGACCAAGAAAUGUUGUGGUGGAGGACGAAUCGCACUGUUGAUGUUAAGCUACCAUCUGGUAGUCAGUAUCAGAUGUAUCAGUACAGAGCAUUAUCCAGUUGCCCACGUCCGGAAAACUACUUGACUGACCUCAGCAAUGGUGUUAACGGCACUAGGGAGCCCGACUUCAUUUGGUCAUCAAUUGCGAGCGCUUGUGAAUCUGGGCUAGAUUUUAGUACAAGGUGGUUCGCUUAUAAUGGAAAAUAUGCGGGUACAAAGUAUUCGAUUCAAACCAACAAUAUUGUUCCGGUUGAUUUGAAUGUUUAUAUGGCGUGGAAUUUUGUAACGCUUGCAAGUUUCUACGAGAUACUUGGGAAAACCAGAAAGGCGGAUCGAUAUCGUAAGCAACACAAAGAGUUGCGCAGAGCCAUAGAUGAGGUAUUCUGGAGUGAUUUGGACGGAGCAUGGUUUGACUACGACUUGGAGGGGCGAAAGUUGCGAAGGCGUUUCUAUGCGAGCAAUAUUUUCCCUCUCUUACUAGGUGGCUACAGUUCCCGUACAACCGAAAAAGUGCAACAGUAUUUGCUGAACAGUGGGGCACUCAGCUUCAAAGGUUCUAUCAUUUCCUUGCCACUUAUUUUAUCUGUUUGUGAGAAAUCAGACCGACGCAGCUUGUUUUACUGGUUUGUCAAAUGCAGUGCUACAGGUGGUAUUCCGGUGAGUCUAAGUAAUGGAUCGCACGAGCAGUGGGAUUUCCCUAAUGGCUGGCCACCACUAAUACAUUUAUUCGUGGAGAGUCUGCGUUUAUCAAAUGACAAGAAGCUUGUUCAGAUAGGUGAACAAGUAGCCUGGAAGUUUAUUCGCACUGCUUACAAUGGCCUAGUAAAUCCAUCGAAAGGCAUGCCAUCAGCAUGUUGGGAGAAGUAUGACGUACGAUACGAUGAUGGAAGACCAGGCGCUGGUGGAGAGUACCCUGUACAACAGGGAUUCGGAUGGACAAAUGGUGUUUUGCUUGAUCUCAUUCAUAAGUUUAGCAUUAAGCGGGAUCAAAGGCAUCAGUUAGUCUUUAAACGUAAGUUGCCAUUGUUUUUUAUAAAAUUAAACGAAGGGUGA